AUGAUAAACUUACGGGGCGAAUAUAUUAAUGAUCCAAUAAGUCUUAAAUUUAGAAUAUUAUACACAAUUUUAUGGCUUUCUCCUGCAUUUGGAGUUUUAAUUGCAGCUAUAUUGAUAGAAAGUAUAGUUGAAAAGACAGCAUGUCAAAAUUUUGGAGUUUCAGCAAGUCUUGCACAUGCAUCACAAAUUCAAAGCAGGUUAAUAAAUAUUGGCAAUAGAAUCCUAUUUAAAGAUAUUGCGUCAUGGGCUAGUUUAAACUCACCUCUUGAUUUAUUUAAGACAUACAAAUCCGGAUCAUUGAGUUUAUGGAGAGUUCUAGCAGGAUUAAUUGCAACUAUACUUAAUGCUAGCUCUCGUCUUACAUAUACAAUUGGUGAUGUUUCAUUAGGUGUUCACGAUAAUGUGGUUCAGACCAAAAGUCUUCUAAAAGGGACUAUAUGUGGUGCACUCUCAUCAAGUCAAAAUGCUACAAGUGAUGGAUCAUAUAAAACACAAGACGGAUUCACUAUAUUUACCACCCCAUCAUUUUAUGGAUCUGGAACUACAACUAUCAAAGACUCGUUAACUGACAAAGUAUUUGUUCUUGUUAUGAGAUCACCUACGGCAAGUGUAAAUGGAUAUUAUACAAUAUGUAAUGCUACAGCAAAGACAUAUGAUGUAACUGCUCAUGCAACGUCUAAUGACACAUGGGAAGAAACAAGUAUGGUCAAAAAUUUAGACACACGGCUUGUAUUUACAGAAGGAGAUCUUCAACAAAAUGGUAGUAUUAUUCCAUAUUCACCGACAGGUUGUACAAAUUGCGAUUUUAUUGGAACAGAGAAUG